AUGGGUCUUUUAAGCACGUUAUUCAUUUUAUUUGAAGUCAGUUCACUGAUAUUUUGCGAUGAGUUGAUGCAAGUGAAUCUGUUGUAUCGUCACGGUGAUCGAACUCCAAUCUACACAUAUAAAGAUGAUCCAAACGUCAACAAAUGGGAUCUCCCAGCUGGAGCUCUCACUACGAUUGGGAUGGAACAGCAAUUCUUGCAAGGACAACGGCUGAAAAAGCGUUACGUUGGUCAACUCAAUUUCAUCAAUGGAUCCUAUAAUCCGAGAGAACUAUACGCUCGAUCAGCGGACACAUCCCGGUGCAUUCAAUCGGCCGGCGCGAAUCUCGCCGCUCUCUACAGUGGAUCCGUUGUACACCCAAAUACACCGGGAUGGCCAUCGAAUUGGAUGCCUUACCCGAUUCACACAUAUCCGUCGGAUAGUGAUACGCUCUGCGAAGAGGGUUCGAGUUCUUGCCAGCGAAUCGGUCUCCUUGAAUCGCGUCGACAAAGAGAGACUCCAUAUGUGCAAUAUUUGAUCAAAAAUCAGGAUUUUCUGAACCAAUUGACCCAAUGGUCGGGCGGGACAGUCAACGAUGCGGGGAGUAUCAAUCGAUUGUGGGAUACGUUGUAUUGUCAGAGAGCUCACAACAUGACGAUGCCGAGUUGGGCGACGAAUGACGUGUGGAAUCAGUUAAAUGAAAUGUUUAUUUACACGGAUGAUUACAAAGAUGGACUUGCUGUGCAACAAAUUGGCCCAAAUGACAACAAAGAGUUGUUGUCGUUGAGAAGCGGAGAGCUUCUAAAGCAAUUCAUCUCGAGUAUGAGCGACGUGGUGAGCAACAAUGGAUACUGGAAAUUUCAUGUUUAUUCAGCGCACGACUCAACAAUCAAAGCUCUCAUGAGAAUCUAUCACAAUGUGAAAUCGGUUCUAGGCACGAAUAACCCGGGUUACGCUUCUCAUUUGGUGCAUGAGCUGUGGAAAGACACGAAAGGAAACUAUUAUAUUCAGGUGUUAUUCUCCGAUAACGCCUACACAGAGUAUCGUCAAAUCACCUCAACCCUUGAUGGUUGUUCGAGUUUCCCAAAUGGAUGUCCAUUCAACAAUUUCACGACAUAUUAUUCCAGCUAUAUACAGGCUGAUUUUUGGAAGCAAUGUGCUCUGACAAGC